GAGCGAAGCCGGCAGAAAGAAAGGGAGGCGGAUCCACGGCCGGAGGAGGAGCGAAAGGCUGAAGGGAGGCGGGGAGCAAGGCUGUGUUUCCAGCACAAGAGUGAGAGGAAGGCGCGGCGAGCUGUGCUGUGCGCCUGUUCCCUGUCCCGCGAAGCCCGCCGCUGCCCCCAGACCCGGAGCCUGCCGAGGCCCAGGCAGCCAUGGCUUCCAUGGCGGCGGCGAUCGCUGCUUCCCGCACAGCCGUCAUGAACGGCAACCGGCCGCUGGACGAGCGAGAGCGCAAGCGCUUCAGCUACUUCUCGUCGCUGAGCCCCAUGGCUCGCAAGAUCAUGGCGGAGAAGGAGCGCAUUCGCGAGCGGUACGGGCCCGAGUGGGAUCGGCUGCCGCCCGGCCAGCAAGAGGAGAUCAUCGACAAGAGCCUGGUGGAGCCGCACGUCCAGGCCCGGUACGCAGCGCACCGAGGAGCCGCCCGCAGCUCCCCGCCUCCAGUCUGCUACCCGAACCUGCGCCUCAACACUGGCCAGAAGGUGGUGCACUUCGGCGACGAGGAUAUAACCUGGCAGGAUGAACACUCAGCUCCUUUCUCCUGGGAAACCAAGAGUCAGAUGGAGUUCAGCAUUGCUUCUCUGUCGAUACAAGAACCAGGUGGAGUGUCAUCACAGAAUGAACAGAAACAACCUGUCAAAACAGCUCCAGGCCCCCAGAUCCCCAAACCUUCACAAGGUGGUAAAACAGUAAUCUCAGAUGGGUUUAUACCAGCCAGGAAAGAGGAUGAGGCCUCCUUUUGGAAGAUAAAUGCUGAACGCUCCAAGUUUGAAGGGGAACAGUCUGAAUUCUGUUCUUUGACCCCUAGCCAGAUCAAAUCCAUGGAGAAGGGAGAGAAGACCCUCCAGCCCUAUUACAGGCAAGAAUCUGGUCCAAAAGAGGCAUCUAAAGCAGAGAAGCCUAACGUUAUGAAGCCUGAAAAAUUGAUCACUCCCUUUCUUGCUCCUACAUCUUUGGAAUGGGAAAAACCUCAGCCUGGCCAGCCCACUGUGAGCACCACUCAGACCCUUCCUGAACCAGUGGAAAAACUAUCAUCUCCUGGGACAAGAAGUGAAGAUACUGACAGCGGUUUCCUUUCAGACUUGCAGACACUUGGUCAGAACAAUACAAGUAAUGUUAUCUUGAAGACGGGAUUUGAUUUCCUAGACAACUGGUAAAGAAGAACUGAAUAACUUCUGUUAAUUUUUGAAGAGAGCUAAAAGGAGCAUUUCUCUCCCUCUAUCCUUUGUUUUGUUACUGGCUUUUAUGUGUUCUUUAAAAACAAAUUAUAAUUUUCCAACUCUUUUAAAUUUCACCUUUGUAUUAAUAUUUUUUGUAAACUCAAGAUGGGUAUUUGUAUUUUGAAAUGGUCCAGUGUUAGUGUGGGGUGUUUCUUUUUUAAUUUUUACAAUCCUCUUGCAAGAUGGUUAUCCAUGAUGGGGAUGGACAGGAGUAAUUUCCUAAUCAUUGCUUAUAUAUUAAGGACAAGGAGGGGAAUCUGGUGUGGGAGAAAUGUUAAAGCCUCCUGACAGAAGUACCCAUUUUCAUGCGGAUGCUAGUAAAAACAACUAAGUGGCUACACCACGAAUUACAAAGAAGAGGAAAAGUGUUAAGGAUAAUAAAUUAUUGAAGCACAAAAUUCAGAAAAAGUCAUCAUGCCUCUUUGAAAUAAAUCAUAAAGAAAACAAGGCUGCAGUUUUUAAAAAGAAAAUAUUUUUGUAUUGGUAUGUUUAGUUUGGCUUAUUUCUGUUGCAGCUGAUUCAUCUGUGGGAUUUUUGGCAGUGGGAAUAUUUUUGAAAUGGGAAGACUUUGCCAAAGGGGUAUAUCCAAAGCAGUACUGUAGCUGUACAUGAAUAAUUUACUGAAAUUAAAGCCAGGGUGGAGGUCAAGGGAGAAAAUAAAGGUGCAUGGGAUGCAGCCAGUCAUUUAUUGGCUAAAAUUGCUUGAUAAAAGUAACUUUUGUGGAGAACAGUACCUCAAGUGAUGAUUGUACCAGUCUACAGGAGUGUAGAUCACCCUCCGUGAUUACGUUGAUGUACUUUAUUUACAUUGCAGCAUUAUCCUUUUCAGGACAGGAUUAUAUAACUUCUGGUGCUACUUCCUUUCAUGGGAAUAGAACUUCCAGGUAUCUCAUAUCCUACCUGUUGUGGUAGGUUUAUAUCUUCAGGGUGGCUUGCUGCUUUUUUUUUUAGUAUGUGAGAGUAUUAAAAAUAGUGUUGCCCACUUGCAGCUUGAGUUGGUCCAGUUCAUCAUACCACUUUGGGAUUCUACCACCUAAAUUUGCCUCCUCUGUAGACCAGGCCUCAUUCUCAUCUAAUGUUUAAAUGUGUGAAUAGAAAAGCUAUGCUGGUUGGAUUGCCAUUUCGGACAUGCAUUGUGGUUUCUAUCCUGCCUCUGCUCUGUCCCAUUACUUUUAAGCCUUAAUUCUCCAUAGCACACGAAUGGUGAUCUGUGCAAUCCAGGACCUGUCUGACCUUCUCCUUAAUUUCAAGAACUGGAUUUUCAGAAUACUGGUCCAAUACAAACUCUUGAAUCCUCAAGGAGCCCCAGCAGCCUCAAAUUGGUUUGCAUGUUUUUAGGACAAAAAAGGGCCACAUUUACAUUUCUCAUUUGCAUUUUAAUAGUUUCACCCAGUUCUAAUGUCAGUUACUACCAGCCUUCUACAGAUGAGCCAUAACAACUGUAAGUUUUCCAUUGUAUGACUGCAUAAGACCUCUGUCAACUGCAGUCUGAAAGUCUAAAGAAUGAGAGUGUUUCUAUAUAAGUAACCUCUUACUCUGCUCUUUUAAAAUCUGUUUUUUGUUUAUUCAGUCAGUUGCUGUCCUAUAUAACCUGCAGGCAAAUAAUGGUGAUAUUAGGCAGCACAUAUAUUAGAGUCUAAUUCUAAAUCUUAACCUUUCUUCUAAACAAGGGUGGAUAUGUUGUAAUAGAAAGUUAUAGGAUAUGGGGAAAGCAAUGAAGAGAACACAAAGAAAAUGUAACUUCUGGGAGCUUUGUGCCAUAACAUGCAUUUGGGCAUUUGCUGUGGUAAACAUUAAAAUGCGUCAUGUUGUAUUUGUAACAAUGCUGAACCAGUUUGGUGUAGUAGUUAAGUGUGCAGACUCUUAUCUGGGAGAACCGGGUUUGAUUCCCCACUCCUCAACAUGCAACUGCUGGAGUGACCUUGGGUCAGUCAUGAUUCUCUCAGAGCUGUUCCUCUCAAGAGUAGUUUCUGUUAGAGCUCUCUCAGCUCCACUUACCUCACAGGGUGUCUGUUGUGGCAAGGGGAAGGGAAAGAAGAUUGUAAGCUGUCCUGAGACCUCUUCAGGUAGUGAAGGGCGGGAUAUAAAUCCAUUCUCUUCAUAAGAUAAGAUAAGAUAAGAUAUUGGAUUUAUAUCCCGCCCUCCACUCCGAAGAGUCUCAGAGUGGCUCACAAUCUCCUUUACCUCAUUCUGAUAAAUGGUCAGAUCCUUCAGUGUGUAACACAGCUGCAAAAAACAGCUAUGUGCAACCUGAGCUGUGGUGCUCGGAAGGUGGGAGGGAUUCAGUCAUUCAAAAAUGGCCAUCUUGGGCUUCUUUAAAACCACUCUAAGGGGGAAAGAUCAGUAAGCAUAUUGUGCCUUUGUUUAUGCUUUUAUGCUGUCUUCUGUUCUUUCUCUCUCCCCCUCUGCUCUCCUUAAGAUUUAAAGCAGGCCCAGUGAGGCUAUUGUCUAUCAGGAAGCUGGUGUGUGGAGACAGACUGUUACUGAAAGCACCUUUCUAGCAUUGCAGCCCAAUCUAUACUGGGGGCUCCCCCUAGCUGCUUUUUCAGCUGCAUUCCAUGUCAGAAGAUCCAAUUGUCAAACGUAUUGUGUCCCUCAGAUAGGUUUGAUGCUUUGCUGUGGGGCCACUGUGUAUUGUGCAUCUUCUGUCCAUAUUUAAAAAAUGUUUCCUAUAGCAAACAGCUGUGAUCUCUUGUAGCACUGGUGCCAUGCAAGUAUGAAUUGGCUCCUGGAUACUGAAUAGCUACCAUUUUGUUUAAAUGUUGAUUGCAUUGUACAUUUCUUGAAUAAUCUGAGUUAAAUUAUUGAUAGUUCAAAACAAACAAACUAAAGCAAUGCCUGCUAUAAUUCAAGAAAGUGUCCAAAAUUAUGAUGGCCAUUGAUGAAUGUCUUGUUGACCAUUGAGGUUAGUUUUUGCAGGUCACUUUAAUAUAAAAGACAUUCAUACUUUGAAAACUAUUUGCAAUUUUAAAAGCAACAAAUCUAAGAAACAAGCUUGAGCACAAGUUUAACAAGCAUAGUGAUAUUUCUGAUUUGCACUUUUGGGGACCUUUGAAAGAGAGUCUUUGCAAUCUUGUUAAAGCUGAAU